AGUUGGUAGUUCCAAUGGUAUAUCUCUUGUCAGAUAUUUUCCCGCCAAAGCGAGCGUUUUGUUGUGUGCAUAUGGUUGUGUAGUGUUUUUAAUUUGUUCUUGUUAAUUUAACUACAUUUUCUUGUUAAACUGUAAAUAUGAUGGAAGUUCAAGAUGUUGAUCAGCGUUUACGCGAAAUGCAAAGAGAGUAUUUGGAUUUCCUGGAUGAUGAGGAGGAUCAAGGGAAAUACUCUCAAUUAGUUAAGAAUAUGAUAGCUGAUAAAUCUAGGCGCCUUGUAGUAAACGUGAAUGAUUUAAGAAAGAAGAAUCCAACAAGAGCCAAAGCAUUAUUAAAUAAUGCUUUUGAGGAGCAGCUAUCUUUUCAAAAGUCCUUAAAAGAAUAUGUAUUUACUGUCGCCAGUGAAUAUUCCAAGGAUAAAGAAGAUUUUUUUGUUGCUUUCGAGGGUAGUUUUGGUAAUAAACAUGUUACUCCAAGAUCCUUAACAUCUAGGUAUUUGGGAAACUUAAUUUGUGUGGAAGGUAUUGUUACUAAAUGUUCUCUGAUACAUCCCAAAGUAGUAAGAAGUGUGCAUUAUUGUUCUGCAACAAAUAAAACUAUUGAGAGGAAGUAUACAGAUUUAACAUCACUGGAUGCUUUUCCCAGUACUGCUGUAUAUGCUACAAAGGAUGAUGAAGGUAACACUCUUGAAACUGAAUUUGGUUUGUCAAGUUAUAAAGAUCAUCAAACCGUAACAAUUCAAGAAAUGCCUGAAAAGGCACCUGCUGGUCAGUUACCUCGUUCAGUAGAUAUUAUUUGUGAUAAUGAUCUUGUUGAUGCUUGUAAACCUGGAGAUAGAAUUCAAGUAGUAGGUAACUUUAGGUGUUUGCCAAAUAAACAGGGAAGUUUUACCAAUGGUGCAUUCAGAACCAUUGUCAUUGCCAAUAACAUAUCACUACUGAGCAAGGAGGCAAAUCCUUCAAUUUCAAGAGAAGAUGUUGCCAAAUGUAAACAUCUUGCAAAAUCCACCAAAGAUAUCUUCAGCCUUCUCUCAAAAUCAUUAGCGCCCUCUAUCCAUGGCCACGAAUACAUAAAAAAAGCCAUUCUGUGCCUUUUAUUGGGAGGCGUUGAAAAAAUUCUGCCCAACGGCACUAGGCUCAGAGGUGACAUUAACGUUCUACUUAUCGGCGAUCCCUCUGUUGCCAAAUCUCAAUUGCUUCGGUACGUUUUGUGUACAGCACCGAGAGCCAUACCGACUACUGGAAGAGGUUCUUCGGGUGUCGGUCUUACGGCUGCGGUCACCAGCGACCAGGAGACUGGCGAGAGAAGGUUGGAGGCUGGAGCUAUGGUUUUGGCUGACAGAGGUGUCGUAUGUAUUGAUGAGUUUGACAAAAUGACGGAUAUCGAUAGAACUGCUAUUCAUGAGGUCAUGGAACAGGGAAAAGUAACCAUAGCCAAAGCUGGUAUACAUGCUAGUUUAAAUGCCCGUUGCUCUGUAUUAGCAGCUGCUAAUCCUGUUUAUGGAAAAUAUGACCAAUACAAAACCCCAAUGGAAAAUAUUGGCCUGCAAGAUUCAUUGUUGUCCCGUUUUGACUGUCUUUUUGUCAUGCUGGAUUCAGUAGAUGAAGAUCAGGACCUGAAAAUAUCCGAUCACGUUGUCAGAAUGCACAGAUACAGAAAUCCCUUGGAACAAGACGGCGAAGUUCUGCCAAUGGGCUCCUCUGUGGACAUGCUCAGCACCAUGAAGCCUGACCAAGUGGACGGUGAAAAACAGACCCCCCUCUACGAAAAGUACGACGCCUUGCUGCACGGUUCGAGUCGUAGAAAAUCGGACAAAAUUCUUAGCGUUGAGUUUAUGAGAAAGUACAUUUACUUUGUAAAGAUAUUGAAACCGACCUUGUCCGAGGAAGCCUCGGAAAUUAUCGCUGACGAAUAUUCCAAGUUGAGAUCAGAAGAUUUGAUUGAAAAUAAUGUUGCCAGGACUCAGCCAGUCACGCCUCGUACAUUGGAAACAAUGAUACGUCUGGCAACCGCUCACGCAAAAGCAAGAAUGUCGAAAACCAUUACUGAAGAAGAUGCCUAUGCCGCCAUAGAGCUGGUGCAAUACGCAUACUUUAAAAAGGUUUUGGAAAAGGAGAAAAAACGACGCAGAAAAGGCGACUCGAGCGACGAAGAGGUUGAGGAGGAAGAUGGAAAGCCCACCAAAAAGCAUAGAUCUGCUAGAGCCGCCGAAGAUUCAGAUGAAGAACUUAUUUCAACACAGAGUUCCACAAGAAGUCGGGCAUCGACCAGAAUCCGUCCAGAGGAUGAAACUUUGGCGGAAGAGAUUACCCCCACUCCUACCACCAAUGGUCAUACACAAGAUUCUAUGGAAGUGGACUCGACGCCAACGGAAAUCUCAUUUGACAGAUUGUCAUCAUUUAAGAGCAGUUUGCAGAAAGCAUUUAGAGAGAAUAGAACUCAGUCCUUGUCUUUGGCUAAAGUAAAAGAUUUUGUAAACACAAGUAGUGCUUCUCCGUUUAGUCAAGGCGAAAUCAGUGCUGCAAUCGAAAAAAUGACUGAAGACAACCAAGUUAUGAUGGCAGAUGGAAUCGUCUUUCUUAUUUAGGAUUUACUUAAUUUAUUUUUUAUUUAAGUUUUUAAAUGUACCCACUUAUAACAAUAAUAAACUUUUUAAUUAUAA